AGUUUUCGAUUUUUUCCAUGAAAGAAAUUGGGAUAGACUCCGCGCUGCUUUCUCCCUGGGAGCAAGGCUUGCCAGAGGCAAAAUCACGAUUGGAGCUGGGCUUCAGGCGUACAAAGGGCAUGGUGGGCAUGGCGAGCAUGGCAAUCCGAGAACAACGGUAGGCUGCCAUCACAAUGGCAAGCGGAGUCAAUCCGCUAUUGGCCUUGGGCCUGUCGACAUGUGUUGACAUCUAUGCAGAUAUCUGCGAUGUCCUCAAUGGCCCUGCGGAGCAGGAGCAGCAGUGCAAGGAGAACAUGAAGACAGAGCUCGCCGCGCUUCUGGGAACACCAGAGGACAAUCACUGCAGUCCGACCUCGCUAGGCUGUCAACACGAGAGCAUCAUGGACGUGGUCAAAGUGGAGGAGGUUUCGCUUCAAGGGCCAAACUUCGCGACAUGGCUGGAAGCCUUACUUAGCCUUUUUCAUAGUCUUGGCUUCCUUCGCCGCUUCUUUCUUGGGCAGGUUUCUUGGAUGGCUCGCCAUCGCCCAUGAUCAUGUCAGGUCUUGGUCCACUUUGCCACGUUCCUUCUGUAGCUGGUGAACAUCUCACCGUGUGAAGACACGAGGAAGUAAUUUCCGGAAACGUUGGCUUGAUGACAUCUGCAAUGAGCGAUGUCAGUAAGCAAAACUGGCCCAUGCGACGCUUUUAGCGUUUAGACUUCUGUACAAUAGCACACGAAUGUGUGCGGGUCACUUUG